AUGUUGGAUGAGAUGUCAGGGGAGGAUGUGUCUUGGACUCCUUACGGGCGAGAUGCUGGCACGGAGGUACUAUGCUCUUUGUAUACUGGUGUCAUUCGCUUUGCUGAUGUUGCUGAGGGUUAUGAUCCUGCACGGUAUCGCCGACAGUUUGGGUACCGACAGACUAUCCCCCGUACGAUGAUGGUUCCCAAGGAUGUGUACCGCCCAGCUUCUUGCAGCACCUACAUUGUUUUCUGGGAGGGUAGCAUGGAUCAGUUAUGGGGCAAAACAUUCCUCUUACUUGAUCCAUUCGGAAAUAGCUCCAGCGGAUGA